UUGCUGGUGGCAUUUAAUCAGACACAUAACUCUGGUGAUAGGUUUCUUGUGGGUGUAACUACGGUAACUUAUUUAGCAGUAGAUUCGUCAGGAAAUAAAGCGGAAUGCGUACUUCAUGUAACAAUACAAGAUGAAGAAAACCCAAUAAUAACCAACUGCCCAAGUGACAUUCAUCAGACUACAGAUUACAGACAGCCAACUGCAGUGGUUGUUUGGGCUGAAGUUAUUGCUAUGGACAACCAGUAUAUUAUGAACUUUACUAGUAAUUACAGAUCUGGUGAUGCUUUUGUUAUCGGAGUUAUUGAAGUCAAUUACAUAGCAAUCGAUCCCUCAGGCAAUAUCGCCAUAUGCACAUUCAAUGUGAAUAUUACUGAUCACGAGUACCCGGUGUUGCACUGCCCAGAUGAAAUUAUGUAUUCAACAGACACAAAUCUCUAUUAUUCCACUGUGUAUUGGAAUGUAUCGGUCACCGAUAACUCAGGCUUUGCAACCCUAAAUUGCACAAGCAAAUCUGGUGAUCAGUUUAAUGCUAUUUGGCCAGUAGCACAACAACCGGUUACAUGCUUGGCCUUGGAUCCAUACAACAAUGUUGAAUCAUGUAUAUUUAAUAUAACUGUUUAUG